AUGGAGAAGCAGAAGCUGUUGUAUCAGGCUCGGCUGCACGACCGUGGCGCUGCUGAGAUGGUGCUCCAAACCAUCAGUGCUAGUAAAGGGUGUCAGGUCUCUGGCCCCUGGGAGAGUGAAGACCUGGACAGUUUGUCAGAGCUGGUCCAGGAUAUCCGUCUUUGCUCUCAGGCCCUCAACAAGCUGGACCGACAGACCUUGAAGCAGAGCUGGGACAGGACUCAGUCACACGGACACUUUCUCGACCGAAACUCCAAGUGCCUCCUCUCCGCACCUCCACUUGAGGGUGGGAGGUGUGAUGAUGUCGGCAGAACUUUGCUUCUGAUGUCUACUCUUUAUCACUGACGGUGGAUUUUGAGCCAGUGUUCAUAAUAAAAGUGGUCAUUUUUAUAAACAUUUUGUUUAGUGAGGCUACACCAAAAAGAAACAAGAUAAA